GUGCGGCAGUUCAAUGUUUCAUUGUUUGCCUUUAGAAAUUUCAGGGUUUUUAGCCAAUUGUUAAACAAAAUGGCGUAUAUAUCAGCCAUUUAAAAGCAUAGAAGUGAGAGACAUUAAUUAUGUCUCUGUCACAAAAUUAAAAAAAAAGACACAAUGUGAAACCAUUUAUUACUGAAAGCUUAAUAAAAUGUGCUACAACAUGUUAUUAUUAGGAAAGCCUCGCACUUUCUUUAGUGUAUCCUAUCUAGGUUUGCUCUUACAAAGGGAUUGGGUGGAAAAUCUAAGUAAGGAAACUAUUUGCAACAAAAACAAACUAAAAAAAAAAUGGAAAAUGUUGAAUUUAUGACCAGAUUAUCGGCUGAAGCACUAUCUGACCUUUAAAAUUUUAGCUGUAAUUUGAAAAAAUCUAUAAUGGUUUGAUUUUGGAUGGCGACUUUAUCUGGGGAGAUUACGAGGAUUGUAAUUUAAAUAACUUUUAUGACCUCCGUUUUGUGUCGUUCUUACGUCGUUGUAGUUCUGUUGAAAAACCAAUUAGAUCAGCAACAAGUGAUUUAUUAAAGGUGCUUUGUUCAGAGGGAGAGUGAGUAGAGACUGAGGGUACCCGGCAGAUGAAUCACCUGUUUGUGGGGGGAGGGGUAAGAACCGAGGGACCUGUCGUCCCUGUUGCUGAGAUUGUUGUCAAAAGACAUGUCACUUGAUACCCUUCACCAGCGAACUGACUGUUAAAAAAUCUCUUCAUGUUACCUUGACAUAACCUGUCACACGUGUCAUUAAAAAUUAAUACCUUUUAUUCUUCGCCUCUACCUCUUUGUCAUUUGCUCCAUAAAGAGGGAGAGCAGUAGAUUUAGUAGUUAGCUUUUCAACCAUGAUUUUACGAGGUUUGUUGCUAUAUGUGCUUUUCAAUGCUGUAAAGGCUGAAUCUGAGACGAUGGUAACUCGCAAAGUAUUUUUCGAUGUUUCCGAGGGAGGGCAACCUAUAGGAAGAAUUGUGCUGGGUUUGUUUGGGAACACGGCUCCUAAAACCGUCACCAAUUUUGUAUCUCUGGCGGGAAAUGAGUAUGGAUAUGGCUACAAGGGCAGUACUUUCCACCGAGUGAUUAAAAACUUUAUGAUUCAAGGAGGAGAUUUCACCAAAGGCGAUGGCACAGGAGGAUAUAGUAUCUACGGAGAAAACUUUAAUGACGAGAACUUUGUCCUGAAGCACUAUGGACCUGGCUGGCUAUGUAUGGCGAACGCUGGCAAAGAUACCAAUGGAUCCCAAUUCUACAUCACCACUAUCAAGACACCCUGGUUAGAUGGUAGUCAUACUUGCUUCGGAAAGGUCUUGGAAGGAAUGGAUGUAGUAAAGAAAAUCGAAGGCGUUCAAACGGGCCAAAACGAUAAGCCAUUACAGAAAGUAGAGAUUACACAGAGCGGAGUGAUUGAUGUACCAGCGCCAUUUGAAGUCACCAAAGAAGGAGUGAAUGUUUAGAAAUCUUUUUUUAUUGGUAAAUGUGCAUUCAUUGAUAAUGUUACAAAAUUAAAAGACGAUCCGUUUUCUUUA